AAAUGUUGAGUUGUUUACGUAGGCCAUGAAUUAAAAAAGAAGAAGAAGAAAAGUUGUUUACGAUUGAAAUAUAUUAUGAAAUAAUCAAUGAAUUUAAUGAUGACGGAGUCUACGCCUUUUUUCGUUGAUCGAGCAAAAACAGGUAGAGCUUCAUGCAAGGGCUGCAAAAGCAAUUGUCUUACUGGAGAACUGCGUUUAGCUAAAGUGGUAGCUAGUCCAUAUGGCGAGAACCAACAAAUGAAAUCAUGGUACCACGUCGAUUGUUUUCUCAAUGUCCUUCUCAAACAACGUCCAACUACAAAAAGGAUUGAUUCAAUUAAUGAUAUCGGUAAUUGGCAAAGUCUGAGCAAAGAAGACCAUGAAUUUUUAAUAAGCAAAUUCAAUGAAAUGGAAAAACUUUAUGCUGAAAAAAAUGUUGGUAAAUACACUGCUAAAGUUAUUAAAAAUGUUUCUACAUCGACAAAUACAUCAUCUACAGUCAGUCCGUCAAAAACGACAAAAGGCAAUAAAAAUAUUAGUGAUGCCAUUGUGUCAGAUGACAACAUGUUUAAGACAUUUUUUAGUUUGUGUAAAAAGAUAUCAAGAGUCGAUGCAUAUACAGAGAAAACAGCUACAGUUAAUAAUUUCUUUCGUAAUGGUGCUGAUGGUAACUCAUUUAAUGGUGACAUAGGAUUAUGGUGUAAACUGUUACUACCACAAGUAUCAAAAAGAGUUUACAACUUAAAGAGUAAACAAUUGGUGAAACUAUUUUCUAGGAUAUUUAAUAUUGAGCAUGAUGACAUGCUUACGGAUCUGGAGCAAGGUGAUGUUGCCCAGACUAUUAAGGAUAACUUCACAAAGUCUAGAACAGUAAAAGCUGCUUUAGAGAGUACUCUUACAAUACAAGAAGUUGAAAACUUUCUUGAAGAAUUGUCAAAGUUGACAAAAGAGGAAGAACAGAUUUACCAUUUCAAAAAAAUUAUCAAAAAAUGUACUACCGAUGAUAUACUGAUGCUCAUUAGGUUGAUCAAAGGUGAUUUAAGAAUAAAUGCUGGUCCAAAACACAUAUUGGAAGGUGUGCACCCUGAUGCAUAUACAGCAUUUCAAACAUCUCGAGAUUUGGACAUGGUUCUAGAUCGAGUGUUAUCCAAAACCUCCACAAUUAAACAUAAAGAUGCUAUGCAAACAAGUGUUCAAGCAAAAUUAGUGUUAAUGACACCUGUGCUGCCGAUGUUAGCGGAAGCUUGCAAGUCCGUCGAGAUGGCCAUGAAAAAAUGUCCAAAUGGAAUGUUCUCGGAAAUUAAAUAUGACGGUGAAAGAGUACAAGUGCACAAGAAAGGUAAUGAAUUCAAAUAUUUUUCUCGAGCAUUAAAGCCCGUGAUGGCACAUAAAGUAAGUCACUUCAAAGAUUACUUGCCUAGAGCAUUUCCAGAAGCUGUAGAUAUGGUAUUAGAUGCAGAAGUUUUGAUGGUGGAUGUAAAUACAGGUAAACCUUUACCAUUUGGUACAUUGGGUAUACAUAAACAAUCAGCAUUCAAGGAUGCUCAAGUCUGUUUGUAUGUAUUUGACUGUUUAUAUUACAACGGUAAAGUAUUAAUGGACCUUCCUAUAAAAAAGAGGAGGCAGAUACUGCAUGAUCACAUGGUUGAAGUGGAAAAUCAUGUAAUGUUUUCUGAACAGCAAUUAAUAAGAAAGCCAGCAGAUUUAGCAAUGAUGAUAGCAAAAGUUUUAAAAUUAGGAUUAGAAGGCCUUGUAUUGAAAGAUUUGGAGUCGACAUAUGAGCCAGGGAAAAGACAUUGGCUAAAAGUAAAAAAGGAUUAUUUAUUUGAUGGGGCUAUGGCUGACACUGCAGAUUUGAUAGUUUUAGGAGCAUGGUUUGGUACUGGUAAAAAAGGUGGGAUGAUGUCUGUAUUUUUGAUGGGUUGUCUAGAUCAAAGGCGAAACAAAUGGGUUACCGUAACAAAGGUUCACACAGGACACGACGACAGCACUCUGGAAAGGUUACAAAAAGAACUGGGACCACUCAUGUUAAAAAUUUCACAGGACUAUAAUAAAAUACCAUUAUGGUUGGAUUGCAAUAAGGGAAUGGUACCAGAUUUUGUAGCUUUAGACCCAAAGAAUCAACCGGUUUGGGAAAUAACAGGAACUGAAUUGACUAAGGCUGGCUUGCAUACAGCCGAUGGAAUUUCAGUACGAUUUCCAAGAGUAACAAGGAUAAGACAUGACAAAAAUUGGGAAAGUGCCACCAACUUGGAAGAACUCAAACAUUUGUAUAAAACUUCUAAAGAAAAGACAGACGUUACUCUCUUAAAUAAAUUGGCUGAAACUAUAUCUGAUUCUGAUGAAUCUCCUAAAAAGAAGACAAAGGUUAGUCCUAAGAAUACAAUAGAUCGUUAUGUAAAAAAAGAUUCAAAUCAGGAUAUAAAACCUGGAAUAAAACGUGAAAGGAAGAGUGAUAGUAUUAAUAAUGAUGAUGAAUCGCCAAGAAAGAAAAUGAAGGGAAGUCCAAAAAAUGAACUUAAUAGAAAUAUCAAACAGGAACAAUCAUUAAAGGUUGACAAUGACACAGAGUCUGAAGAUUUAAAUGAUUCAUCAUAUCCAGAAAAUCCUUUACCUGAUGCCUUCAAAGAUAAGAGGUUAGGUUUCUACCCUGACUUUAUAAGUUUUUCAGAAGAUGAGAGAAGACAUUUCGAAAGACAUUGGAUUGCAUAUGGAGGUAUAGUUAACAAAGCUUUGAAAUACAUUGAUGUUGAUUAUUUAGUACACAAUGAAAAUGUUAUAAAACUAAAUCGGAUGCAAAAAUUGAAACGUAAACUGUCUGACAAUGUUAAGCAUGUUAAUAAAUAUUGGUUAAUAAAAUGUAUUAAUGAUGUUAAAAUUUGUGAUACUUCAAAGUAUCCUGUGUAUGUUGAACCAUGAAUUACAGUAUAUUUAUUAUGAAAUAAUUUGUACCAAUUUAAUUAUUUUUAAUGGUCCUACCUUUUUAUUAUGUGGAAUACUAUUUCUAUUUGUUCUCUUUAAUAAUCAUUUUUGACUUGUAAUCGUUGUUAUUAUUUAGUGUUUUAA